AUGACGAGAUGUGAUGAAAAAGACAGUAACAAGCAAGCAAUCGAAGCAAGCAAGCGAGCAAGCAAAGCAAAGCAAAGUCAAAGUACUGACCUUUUCCGCCCUUGCCUGCCUGCCUGCCUCGGCCUCGGCCUCGGCCUCGGCCUCGGCAUCGGCAUCGGCAUCGGGGAGCACAACCGCUCCUCCUCUGGCCCCCCCUACGGAAAACGGAACGCUCCCCUCUUCCCCGAACCAAUCUCUGACAUCCAUCCUCUCUACGUAACCUACCCGGUCGGAAAGACUAGUAGCGCCAAAGCCGAUGGCGAUUUCUAUUACAGUACCUAUUACGGUACCGGUAUUUCCAUGACCUUACUGUAUAUUCCCGUCUCGACCCUUCCUGACUGGACUACGGAUGGACUACGGAGUAGAGCGGCGGGACGUACUAGCGGCGUCAACAAAAGAACCGCAUCACCACCCAUCACCACCACCACCACCACCACCACCACCACCACCACCACCACCACCUCCACCACUACCACCACCAUCACCACCACCACCAUACAACCACAACAAGCCGCAAAUUCAAAACAUGAGCAGCGGGAGAGACACCAUCGUGACGGACGCUUGACUCGAGGAUAUGCAGAACCACAUCCCCAACGCAAUAAUUUCAAGUCAGACGAUACCAAAAGAAGAAAGAAGAAGACGAAGAAAAGCACAGAAAGGCAAGAAGAUGAAGACGAAGAAAAGCAAAGAAAGGCAAGAAGAAGGAGAAGAAAAAAAGCAAAGAAAGGCACCUACUUCUGCUUCCCCGGGCAAAAAACAAAAAACAAAAAAGAAGAAAAGAAAAGUAAACACCCGUCCCCCCGUCCCCCUCCCCCUACGCACAGGUCUCGAAGAGGAGCGAGCCUUGCAUUCGGCAAAAAGGCACCCCAGCCUCCACUGCGGGGCGGCCGCCCCCAAAGCCUAAUACUGCGAUUCGGAGUGCUGCUGCGCCAAAACAUUCCGUUUUUCUUCCUCUUCUUCUUCUCUCCUUUUCUUCAAAUGUCUGGAGGGUCCUUUUUUAAAUUCCUUUUUCGAAUGGUCCGCGGUCUCAGACCGAACUCGGGAAGCGAAGCGAUCACACCCCCAUGGUGGCCACCGCCGCCACCGCCGCCACUGUGCCAAUGCUCUGUACAGCGCCGCCGUGUCACCUGGAGCGGCAGCGCCGAACUCAGACCCCAGGAUCGAGUAAAGCGCGAGUUGAUGCUUUACGGUAUCCCAGCUGACUGCGAAGCCUCUAACUACCUCGGUACAGGCAUAAGUACUACGUACUACGUAGGGGAUACUUACGUCUGGGACGUAGUAGUAGUAACUACUGAAUCCCCGAUGGCGCAAAGUAUUGCAUUUCUGUUUCUAUUCUCUCCUGUACAUCUCUUCCUCUACGUCCUCUUUAUCAGAAGAGAUCCCUCGCCUCUUUUCUUCUGCUCCCUCCUCUCCAUCAAGAAGAUCUCUCUCCUCUCCCCUCGACUAAAAAGCUACACCUCUCGCCUCCCAUCCAUCUAUCCAACCCAGCCAGCCCAACCCAAUCCAAUCAAAUCAGUAAUCACAAACUACCCAGUACCACCACCACCACCACCAUCAUCAUCACUACUUACGACCACCACCUCCACCCCAGCCUGCAUGCCGCAAGCCGCAAUAUCAGCAUCCCUCCCUCCCUUCCCCGGUAGAUAA